CAGUGUGUGUGUGCGUGUUGUUUAAUGCAUACAUAGGUACUGGGUUUUGGAUUACUUAGGUUGCUCCUAGAGGUUUGGCGCCGGUCUAGGGACUCUGUAAGCUUUAUUCAAGAUAGUGAAGUAGAACUUCUUGUUUAGAUUGUAAAUGGGAUACAAUUUCUAAAUAUGGCUGAGAAUUUGUUGGUACUUCUACUCAAAUUUAGUUCUAGUAUGCUAUGACAUAAUUCUUUGCUUUGAUAUUCUGCAGAGGAAAGCCUUCAAAGAAGUACUAUGUAGGGUGUUAGCGUUUUGCUUUUGCUUUUGCUUUUCCUGAAUGUGGUAAAGUGACUCCAUUUUUUAUGGAGACUUGAGAUGAAAACAAAAGAUUGUGACAAGAACACAAUUGUCAAGCAUUUGCUUCAGUUCAUGUUAUUAGGAAGUAGAGACCUCCGAUUUCGUUCCAGAACAAAAGAAUAAUGGCUGGAUCCCUUUUUGAUGUUCAUAGAGCAGAACCAUCUCAACAGCAGUCAGCUGCAACACCACCACUGGAUGUGCACAGGGCUGAGUCUUCUCAACAGCAUGUGAGAGCUCUCAAUACUCAAUUUGCCAGUUGGGUGCAAGCGCAACUGAAGAAUCACCCAGAUGAAAUUUGGGACAAUGGGGUUCGAGACUACCUCGCUCAUGCUUCAAACAUUAUGGAGAAGUUUAGUGAUGUUGUGAAGUGGCUCAAAACAAAUGCUGUAAAAGGAGGAACUGCUGCAGAUUCUUUUGGUGCUGAAAAGAAAAUAUUGCCUGAAGUAAACGGCAAGAAGAGUAAGCUAAUUCAAGGGAAAACUGAAUUUAUUUUACCAAGUACAAAUACAAGCUUUACUGCAUCAUGGAGCUCUGGUGUAUUCUCUAGCAAUCAAAGUUCUGGAGGAUUAUUCUCUAAUAGCCAAACCUCUGCAACAUUCUCCAGUAAUCAAAACUCUGAUGUAUUCUCCAAGAGUCAAAGCUCUGGAUUAUUCUCCAAGAGCCAGAGUUCUGGAUUAUUCUCCAACACUCAGAACUCAGCACUUUCCUCUGCCAAUCAAAGCACUGGAUUGUUCUCCACCAGUCCGAGCUUUGGGGGUUCUUUCACUAAUCAAAGUUCUGGAUUGUUCUCCAACAGUCAGAGGUCUGGACUAUCUUCUGGUAAUCAAAUCUCUGGAUUUUUUUCCAGCAAUCAAAGCGCAGGAUUGUUUUCCAGUACUUCGACCCCAACCUUGGCUGGGGGUCAAAACUUGGCUUCCACAAAUAAUAACACUUCGGAUGACGUCAAUGAUGAAAAUGAACCAAAGCAACCCAGCAGCCCAUCAGUCAAGAAGUGUGAAGAGAAGGGUAUUGUUGUAGUCCAUGAAGUCAAGUGCAAGCUGUAUGUCAAGUCAAGUGAUCCAGCAGAUAGAGACACAUGGAAAGACAAAGGUACCGGGCAGCUUUCUAUCAAAUGCAAAGAGGAUGUUGGCAAGGGUACAAAAGAAUCCAAACCAACAAUAGUUGUUCAAAAUGACGGGGGAAGAGUGUUGUUAAAUGCUUUGCUAUAUCCAGGAAUCAAGACAAAUACACAAAAGAACUCCCUUGUUGCAAUCUUUCAUACUGCGGGUGAUGAUGGUGGCAAUAGUGAUAAUGUUGUGGCACGCACCUUCUUAAUUAGGACAAAAACAGAGGAGGAUCGAAAUAAGUUAGCAACAGCAAUACUAGAAUAUGCUCCUGCAUCAUGAUAGUAAUUGUAUGACGUGAUUCUUAAAUUUUGCAGUGAUCAUCAGCUUGUUAGGAACUAUGCCAACUUGUUUUGGAAGCCAAAAAGAUAACUUGGGUCAAUUUUCAAUAGUUGGACCCCAUGAAUAUUGUAUUUAAAAUAGCUGUAUCAUGAGAGAAGAUUAAAGAAUGAAAAAAAGCUUUCCUCUUUAAUUUUAAAAUUGCAACUCUAUAUGGUGUGGUUUCUUGUUAAAUGUUGGAUAGCAGUUUCAUUUGUAAUUUUGGUGAA